AUGAAAAGUCCUAAAAGUAUUACUGAGUAUCCUCGUAAAAAGCCAUCUGGCGUCUAUUGCAACUGUCCAGUGGAACGAACACAUCGCUCUUGCAAUUCCGUAGAUGCAAAACUUGCACGAGCCAUGACCGUGCCAAUUCCGUCUUCUUUUUCUUCCGAAUACCUCGAUGCGCACACAAUACGCGUACAAAUCCCUCCGUAUCCUUCAGCAUUUGCUUACAUCUUUGAGUAUGCUACCGUCAGUACACAGUCUGAAGAAUGGUACUUUGCGGGUGCUUCUACAAAUCCGAUGACAACAUUCACGAUACUGGAUCCGUGCAGGGAUUACAAGUUUCGAGGCUACUCGGACUCUGACAUCUAUGGAUACGAAGCGCCUGCCUUAUACCCCCUUCAAUGUCGCACUCCUGAAGAUGAACUGCCUCAACCAAAAAUUGAAAUUGUCAGAGCUGGUGGACGACUUGCAGUUUCUCUACCUUCUACUGUACUUGAAGCUCGAUGUCGUUUGUGGGUUGAAGUCAGGAUGCUUCCAAGAUGCGUUCGGCUCGAACCAUUCAGCGUACAGAAAAAUAUCGAAAUCGAUUGCGAGAAGAACCCUGAGCUGGACGUUUGCACGAAAGAAGCGAACCCAGUAUGUAUGGAAAUUCUUGACGUGCACGGAAAACGAGGCCAUGUGACGAUUACUUGGCAGCCGGCCGAUCGUUCUCCCCUUUACUAUCAUGUUCGCUAUGGUCCAGCACAGAUGAAGGGAAACCCACCAUUUGUUACCUGGCAACUUGCUACCAAGAGGGACAUCAAAGUGGACGGUACCGUAACCAGUCUUACACUGGACGUUGCCGAAGACCAAGAUUUUGGGAUACAGGUCUGUGCUAUACUCACAACACAUCGAAAACGGCCUAAAUUUGGACUGAUCAGAGUGACUCCGUUCCAGUGUACUAGCUGCAAAAAUCAACCAACCCUUGCCGUAGGACGCUGCGGAGAGUGUGGCCGUAUAGAAGGUACAACGGUGUCUGAUGGAAGUUGGAAGGACAUAGUGAGAGAUACAGGAAAAGCUGCUCGAAAAGAAAAACCUCAGAUCAUGCCGCAGACGGUAUUCAGAAUGGAAACUGAUCUUCUGGUGAAUGGACAUCCACGAGCUUCUGGUGCAAAUACGAGCAUUGCUCAUAUCAGUGACCACGCAGAAUCGGGUCCGAUCUCACUUGAACGAGCAGAGCAAAUCAACGAAGACGCUACAAGCACUGCCUCCUCUUCAUCGACGACAACUGCGUCUACAACCUCUUACGAGAUUACGAUCACAACCACGGAGACAUCAGCUCCAACUACGACCGAAGAAACCACCACCAGUACAACAGAACCUGCCACCACCACUGAGCCUAUGACAUCUACUACCGUGGAAGCGACAGAGACUACCCAGACUACCGUGACUCACCACGAUACCACCGACGCCACGACGUCUGCGACCGUAGAAAUCGUAGAAGUAGAGACUAAGCUGCGCUACAGGGAAAAUCCGCGUGCGAACACAGCAAUUCAUCCGAUGACAGUAAAAAUAGACACGGAACCAGGCAGGGAACCUUCAAACCCCAAAGUUAACAAAGUCAAGGAUAGUGACGAUGAUCAAGCUGCAGCCAGGCAGCACCUUUCCGACGAUUUGGAAGAAUCUGUGAAACAUCUUGAGAAGGCUCUUGAAGAGGUCGAGCAUCAAAAAGAAGGAAAGCAUGUCAGCGAUACUUCCGAACAGACUAUACCGACCUUCGCAAAUACAACAUCAGCAGAACGAGCUGUAAAGAUAGCCGCUAAUGAGCUUGUGACAAAGCUUGAAUCGACUUCGGCCGAACUGCGGCAUCACGAGAAAAGCAAGAAAUGUCUUCUCAGCACUGGAAUCGUCUGCAAUUUUGGAUGCGAAACUAACAAAACCUGUCGAUGUCCUGUGAUAUCACACGUUCUUUCACCUGACGGUGGAUGUCUGAGCAGAGAAUUGUUCGGGCACACGUUGUGCCUUCCAAAAAGCGACGUAAACGCAACUUGGGACCCAAUAUCGAUGAACGUGCUUGUGCGUAGCCAAGAAGCUAGCGACCACAUCAGCUCGGUUAACAAUGCCGACCGUUUGUUUGUGGAAUUCGGAAAAGUGAAGGAGGAAGAACAACCUAUUGAGAAUGCAGCUCCCAUGCUCCGCUUUGAUGGUCAAAAUCGCAGCCGUCUUGUUGUUUCCAUUGAGAAACUGCUUCGAUCGCAGUCCUUCUCGAGAGAGCCUUUUGUUUUCCAUGUGAAUGAUUCCGUGAACGCAGACACGACUUACGGCAUGCGUUUUUGUACUUUUAAUAGUACUCACAUCAAGGACCCUUACGUACACAACUGGGAUCUGGACAUCAGUGCGAAUAAAACCGGGAGCAUUGUGCAGGUACGCAUAGAAUGCGCUUACGCAGAAUUCAGUUGA